AUGUUCAGAUUUCAUAAAACCCUCGACGUGAUAACUCUCUUCCACAAAGCCAGCUCCCCCGCCUCUCUCCGCGUCCACACCCUCCUCAAACAAGCCAGUGCCACCGCCAGCUCGACGGCAACCGAAGACCAAGCUUCCGAUCACAGCGCCCAAACACACCCAGCCCGCCAGGAAUUCGAGCUCGAUGUAACCGAAGACCCGCCGACGGAGGACCAGCUGAAGAAUAUACUGGAGUAUGUUGGGCCUGGGAAGAUCGGCCAAGUGGUGAAGGCUGCAACGACUGAGUCCGAAGCGUUGAAGCAGUUUAAGUUGAACAAGCAGAGUUUUCAGUGGCCUGUGACUGUUGAUUGGGAGAAUGGGAGGGCGGUUCAGGGGGAUAAUGAGAGUGAGAUCUUGAAGCUGAUUCAGGCGGUUCCGGAGAAGAAGUAG